UUAAUGACAAGAGGAUCAUGAUAAGCGACAACAUUAUAUUUGACAUUACUAGACGGUAGAAGUAGGAAGAAUAUACUGUUGUGGAAUACAAAUACAUGUCUUAUUGUUGUAAGCAGUGUAUGACGGUUCCAGACUAGUCAAUCACGGUUCCAGUCUAGUCAAUCACGGUUCCAGUCUAGUCAAUCACAGCUCCAGUCUAGUCAAGAUGAGAUGUUAUCUCCCACUGAUUCUACAUUGUUUACUUUCUUGUGACAGAGUUUAUUGUUCCGCUGACACGCCAUGUCCAACAAGCCGCAGCGGAUCUGGAUGCACUACGGAUGUCGUUGAUCAGACUUACUGCACAGCGGAUACAGAUGACUGCGCCAGGAGAAACAUUCCUGACAAAGCUAUCAAAUCUUCAGAAAAGGUAAAUGUUCCAUCUUCCAAGACGGCACCCACAAAUCUCAAGUUGGUGUACUUCAAUGGAAGAGGGAGAGCUGAAGUUUCACGUUUGAUUCUGGUGGCUGCUGGUGAACAGUUUGAGGAUGUUCGAUUGGAAACAUUCCUUCCAGAAGAUAAGGCUAAAACUCCUUUUGGCCAGCUUCCUGUGCUAGAGAUCGAUGGAAAGAUGUAUGCACAGAGCGUAGCUAUAGCAACGUACCUAGCUCGCGAAUUCGGCUUCUACGGAGAAACAAAUCUUGAUGCUCUCAGAAUUGAUGAGAUAGUUCAACUGACUCAGGAGAUAAUGAACGCUGCCUACACAGCCUACUUUUAUGAACCAGAUGAGAACAAACAAGCCGAGCUAAUACGUGAGUUACAAGAGAAACAGUUCCCACGAUAUCUUGGUUACUACGAAAAGCUACUGAAGGACAGCGGAACUUCUUAUUUUGUGGGGAAUUCGCUGACUCUGGCUGAUCUGAUUGUCUAUGACGCUGUAUUUUCAUUUCUUCAACGUGCUUACAGCAUUGAUGGUUUCCCUCGAGUGGAAGCCCUGUGUCAAUUAGUAGAAAGUCUGCCUAACAUUCAAACUUAUGUGGCUCAAAGAGAGAAAACUCCAUUCUAAGGAACUCGCAAUCUAAUAUAUGAUGAUUGUGUUACAAUUAACUUACUAAUUUUUUUGUUGCUUGAAUAAAUAGAAAGUGUCCGAUUU